CAUUCUAAUCCCAAGUCUUACUUACUGUCUUAAUUAACGGUCAUUUAAAUUGACUCCCUCCAGUCCCUUGCUUGCAAUAGCCGUCAAGUCCCUCCCUUCUGGAAGGGAAGCGGGGCACCUGAAGACAAAAGCUCGGCUCCUGUGUAUGUACACUUUAAAAGACGGCGUUAGGCACCAACCGCAAAACCAUCAAAAAUAAAAGGGUGCAAAAGCUACAUUCUCAUACAAGCCACGACACUCAUCCUCUCUCUCUCUCUCUCUCUCUCUCUCUAAGCUCUCUAAGCUCUCCCAAUUCUCUCAUCCCCAGUCCGGGCCGCGCCAUUUAUUGUUCAGAGUUUUCGGAGCUUGUAAUUAAGCUCGUUUGAGUGUCUCCGGCCGAACGAGCUCCAUAUUAUCCCUCUCGCAAAGAUGGGAGAAAUGUCGACCUUCCAGUUGGGCGUGAUUGGCGCGCUUUUCCUUUCAGUGGCAUCAUCAGUCUCCAUUGUCAUCUGCAACAAAGCUUUGAUGAGCAAGCUUGGCUUCCCUUUUGCUACUACGCUGACUAGUUGGCAUCUUUUGGUGACAUUCUGCACCCUGCAUGUGGCGCAACGCUUGAAUUUUUUUGAGUCGAAAUCAACUGACGCAAAGACUGUAAUACUCUUUGGCAUUCUGAAUGGAGUUUCAAUUGGACUUCUCAACUUGAGCCUGGGUUUCAACUCCAUUGGAUUUUACCAGAUGACAAAACUUGCAAUCAUACCAUUUACUGUACUAUUGGAAACACUGUUCCUGAAAAAGCAAUUCAGCCGGAAGAUAAAGUUCUCUCUCUUCCUCUUACUAAUAGGAGUUGGCAUCGCUUCUAUAACUGAUCUUCAGCUCAAUUCUCUCGGAUCAAUUCUCUCUGUUUUAGCCAUAAUAACUACCUGUGUUGGUCAAAUUCUGACAAACACAAUACAAAAGAGGCUCAAUGUAUCUUCAACCCAGCUGCUAUACCAGUCAGCUCCAUUUCAGGCAGCAGUUCUCUUUGUCUCAGGCCCUCUGGUUGAUCAGUUCCUCACCAAGCAAAAUGUCUUCGCCUACAAAUAUUCUCCUUUAGUUUUGGCAUUCAUCGUGCUUUCUUGCCUAAUAGCCGUGGCCGUGAACUUUAGCACCUUUCUAGUUAUUGGCAAGACUUCGCCGGUUACAUAUCAAGUGCUAGGCCACCUCAAGACAUGCCUUGUUCUUGCCUUUGGCUAUACACUACUCCAUGACCCAUUUACAGAGAGGAACAUUAUUGGAAUCCUAAUCGCAAUAUGGGGCAUGGGACUAUACUCAUAUUUUUGCACUCAGGAGAAUAAAAAGAAACAAUCCGUUGAUGUUUCACUCGUUUCUCAGAUUAAAGAUAAAGACACUACACCGCUUUUGGCUGGGAAGAACAUGGGUCUUUCAGAUAAGGAAACUCAUGAGGCUAAGAAAUCAACCAAGGACUCUGUUGUUUAAGUUUCUGACAAAAGCUUCAUGUAUCUUGGUGUUCUUUCCAGAUCCAGUACAUUUUUUCCCCCUAUAAACUCAAGACAUUUUGCUGAGUUGUAAAGGAUUUUGAUUCUUUGAAUAAAUUGACUCUCUUCCUUUUC